AUGAAGAAAUUUAAUAUCCACAGAGUUUUGGAUGGUUUAACUUCAUCCCCCAGCGGAAGCAGCGGUGGUUCCAGUGGAGGCAGUGGUUGUGGGCUCGCGGGUGGUCCAGGCCACUCAGGAGGAACCGCAGGGACUCCCAGAGAGGAAAUCCAGGAGACGCUGACUUCGGACUAUUUUCAAAUCUGCAAGACAGUUCGCCAUGGGUUUCCAUAUUUGCCCACUGCCUUAGCUUUCGACCCGGUUCAGAAGAUCCUGGCAAUUGGGACAAGAACAGGCACCAUUCGAAUAUUGGGCCGACCGGGUGUUGACUGUUACUGCCAACACGAAAGCGGCGCUGCAGUUGUGCAGCUUCAGUUUUUAAUUAAUGAGGGCGCUUUGGUCAGCGCAAGUUCAGAUGACAUGCUCCAUUUGUGGAAUCUCAGACAGAAACGGCCAGCGAUUCUUCAUUCUCUAAAAUUUACUCGAGAACGGAUCACGUGCUGUCACUUGCCUUUCCAAAGCAAAUGGCUCUACGUCGGGACCGAGCGGGGAAACACUCACAUUGUAAAUAUCGAAUCCUUCGUCCUUUCCGGAUACGUGAUCAUGUGGAACAAGGCCAUAGAGCUAUCGACGAAGACUCACCCUGGGCCUGUGGUACACCUAAGUGAUAGCCCGAGAGAUGAAGGAAAACUGUUGAUAGGCUAUGAAGAUGGAACGGUAGUACUCUGGGACUUGAGAUCCAAGAGAGCGGAAAUGAGAGUAUAUUAUGAUGAGGCGAUUCAUUCUAUCGGGUGGCAUCAUGAGGGGAAGCAAUUUAUGUGCAGUCAUUCGGAUGGCAGUUUGACUCUGUGGAACCUCCGAAGUCCUAGCAGGCCAUUCCAAAUAAUCAUUCCACACGGCAAAAUUCAGCGAGAUGGUAAAAAAGCUGAAUCUUGUAAGCCAAUUCUUAAAGUAGAAUACAAGACCUGUAAAAACAGCGAGCCUUUUAUAAUUUUUUCUGGUGGACUUUCUUAUGACAAGCCUUGGCGAAGGCCAAGUCUAACAAUCAUGCAUGGAAAAGCAAUUACAGUGCUUGAAAUGGAUCAUCCCAUUGUGGACUUUUUAACGCUUUGUGAAACGCCAUACCCAAAUGAAUUUCAGGAACCGUACGCUGUUGUCGUACUCUUGGAAAAAGAUUUGAUUGUCGUUGACCUGACUCAGAGCAAUUUCCCAAUUUUUGAAAAUCCUUAUCCCAUGGACAUUCAUGAGUCACCCGUUACCUGCACAGAAUAUCUGGCCGACUGUCCUCCCGAUUUGAUCCCUGUGCUGUAUUCCGUAGGCGCAAAACAUAAGAAGCAAGGAUACAGCAAUAAGGAGUGGCCUAUCAAUGGUGGAGCGUGGAACCUCGGAGCGCAGACAUAUCCUGAAAUUAUUAUUACAGGCAAUACGAUAGAUGUCCCUCAAUGUCUUCCAGUAACACUUCAGAUGUUGUACAAGUUAAAAACCUCAAAGGUGUUUGAGAAACAGAAAGUGGAAGGAAAGGCGACAGCGGAAAUUGUAGAAGAUGAUCCUUUUGCCAUCCAGUUGAUGUACUGGUGCCCUGAAAGUCGGAUAUUCUGUGUAGCGGGAGCCUCCGCCUACGUUAUUGUUUACAGAUUCAGCAAACACGAAGUCAAUGCUGAAGUAUCGUCCUUAGAGGUGCGACUUCAGAGCGAGAUAGAAGAUAUCAUCAGCCCGGAGGCCGAAAUGAUCCCUCCCUUUCCGGAUGCAUCUUCUCAACUUCCGUCUUUAAAAGAUCUCUCAGGCAGCACAAACACCAUGACGUCUGUGGGGACAGUGAAAGACAGUAUCCCCUGCCUCAGCAUUAAGACCCGUCCCCUGAGGAUGCCUCCCGGUUACCAAGCGGACCUCGUCAUCCAGUUGGUGUGGGUGGAGGGCGAGCCUCCCCAGCCAAUCACCAGCCUGGCAGCAAAUUCAGCGUACGGAUUAGUUGCAUUUGGAAACUGCAAUGGUUUGGCUGUUGUGGAUUUUAUGCAGAAGAUCACACUGCUGAGCACUGGAACCGCCGACCUCUACGGAUCCACUGAUCCGUACCAACGCCAACCUCGCUCGCCCCGCCGAAGCAAGCAGUUCGCUGCAGACAACUUUUGCAUGCGUGGCCUCUCUAACUUUUAUCCUGAUUUAACGAAACGGAUCCGUACUUCCUAUCAGAGCCUUACCGAGUUGUCAGACGGCCCGGUUUCGCUGGAGCUGGAGCGCUGCAAGUCCCCAACAGCCUCAGAUCACGUGAAUGGACACUGCACAAGUCCCACUUCUCUAAGCUGCGGCUCUGGAAAACGGCUCUCCAGUGCGGACGUCACAAAAAUAAACCGCCGGGUUCCUAGCAAGCCUCCGUUUAGGAAAGCACAAUCUGCUGCCUGUAUGGAGAUUUCUCUGCCGGUUUCAACGGAAGAAAACAGAGAAAACUCCUUCAGCCAUUCCCGAAGUUCCAGCGUCUCCAGUAUUGACAAAGAGUCUAAGGAAACCAUUACAGCUUUAUACUUCAUGGAGUCAUUUGUACGGAAAAACGACACCGCCGUGUCUCCGUGUCUUUGGGUUGGUACAGGCCUGGGAAUGGUCUUGACGUUAUCCCUUAACGUGCCCACAGUGGAUGAACUAAGGCAAACGGAGCCUGUAACAGCUUCGCCAAGCGAUAGGAAUCCUGAAGUGGGAUGGGGGCGACGCAUUAUUCAUUUACCCAGUCUCCGCCCCUUGCUAGAUGUUAACUAUUUGCCCGUAAUGGACAUGAGGAUCGCUCGGACCUUUUGUUUCACCAACGAGGGACAAGCCUUGUAUCUCGGUUCUCCUACAGAAAUCCAGCGACUGACCUUCAGCCAAGAGAUGUGUGACAAUCUGCAGGGAGGAGAAGGGAAAGGUCUCAUUCCAUCCUGGACUUCAUUUCCAGUUGGCGAGGCCACAGCUGGAAAAGCGUCUCGGAGUCUUGCUCAGCACAUCCCUGGGUCCGGCGGAGUGGAGGGUGUGAAAGGAGCCGCAGGAAGUGCCAUUGGAGAGCUGGCUCGCGCACGCAUAGCCCUCGACGAGAGGGGGCAGAAACUGGGAGAACUAGACGAGAGGACAGCCCGGAUGAUGGCCAGCGCAGAAUCCUUCUCCAAACAUGCACACGAGGUGAUGCUGAAACAGAAGGACAAGAAAUGGUACCAGUUCUAG